CGCAUGCUCCACUCGAUACUCACGCCUUUUUUAAGCAAAGGUGCACAAGGGUAUAAAGGAGCCUCCUUCUCCGUUGAAACGGCCAUACCGUGAGGUGUCUGAUGACCUCCAAUUCAGAUCUCUCCACGUGAGAAGUGAAUCCUAGAAGAGAAGAGGAUAGGAGACACUUGGGGGUUAGGGAAGAGUUUUACAGAGAGCACGACCUCAGCAAAAACUGAAGGCAUGGACCAAAGGUAUGGGACACACAUUAAACAGGAGGACUGUGAGUGGGGUGCACCAGAGGAUUUGUGUGUAAAGGUGGAAGAUUGUGAUUCAGAUUUUAAAGAGGAUGAAGCCAAGGGCAAACAUAUUGGGGUUAAAGUGGAGGAUUCCAAGAAUUUCUCAGUAAGUCUUGAAUUGCAAAAGUGUGAAACCAAGAAUGCUUGGAAGCAAGAUGUUUCUGAAGAAUCACCUCCCAGCUUACUGUCCUGGUUAACCAAUACGGGACAACUGGCUAACCAGGAGAAUUCUACAAGAGUGAAAUCUGAGUUAGUGGAGUUUAAAGAGGAAAUGAGAGAAGAAAAUGGAAGAGAAGGAGAAGAGCAGCAGCAGCCAUCCAGCAGUGUGGGAAUGAGUUUCCAGGACCAUGCCAGCUUUUCCACAUCUUCAUUUCCACAAACGUCUCAUCAGUGUAGACUGCAGCAGAAACAAGACAAAGAGAAGAUGAAGAAAUCAACAAGAGGAUCUGAUAAUGUGACCUUGGUCUCCUUUCAGCGUAUUUCCCCUUCUGCUGCUCGGCCAACGCAGUCGGAAGCUGUCUUCAUGGAUCAGAGUCACACUGGAGGAAAACAUCAUCACUGCUUGGAAUGCGGCAAACAGUUUUCACACAACAGUAGUCUUUAUAAGCAUAUGAAAAUCCAUGCUGGUGAGAAGCCUCAUUGCUGCUCCGAAUGUGGCAAGCGUUUCUUAGAGAGAAAUUACCUUAAUGUCCACAUGACAGUUCAUACCGGAGAGAAACCCCACUGCUGUCCAGAGUGUGGUAAACGAUUCUCACAGAUUCGCAGUCUUCAAAUCCACACCAGAAUCCACACUGGAGAAAAGCCUUAUUGCUGUCCAGAAUGUGGCAAACGAUUCUACGACAGUAGUAGUUUACAGAAGCACACGCGGAUCCAUACGGGAGAGAAGCCGUACUGCUGCUUCGAAUGCGGAAAGAGGCUUUCCAACAGCAGCAAUUUUCGGAGUCAUGUAAGAAUUCAUACUGGAGAGAAGCCAUACACCUGUUCUCAAUGCGGAAAAAGGUUUUCUUCAAGUGGAGGUUUCCGGAAGCACAGAAAAAUUCAUACUGGAGAAAAGCCUCCACUAAAUGUGGCAAACGACAUCCCCACUGUCUCCACAAAAGCAGAAAAAGUGAAGAAAAAUCUUUUGUGUGAGGGAAAGGGUUCUCAUUUAAAGUAGAAUUCCCAAUGGAAAAAACACUCAUGGUAUUAAAUUUGGAAAAUGGCUCUAAAACAGAAGACAAAUUUAGAGUCAUAUUAGAAAUCAGUGUUGCUUGGAAUACUGCAAAUGAUUAUGAAGAUAGCAGGAGUCUUCAUAAUCCUGAAA